AUGUGCUCGCCGGGAUUCUCGUGCGACUCGGCCCUGCAGGUGACCUACAUAGUGAAAGGCAGCGGGCGGGUUCAGGUGGUGGGCGUGGACGGGAAGAAGGUUCUGGAGGCGACGUUGAAGGGAGGGAAUCUGUUCAUAGUGCCCAGAUUCUUCGUGGUGUCGAAGAUUGCAGAUCCGGAGGGGAUGGAGUGGUUCUCCAUAAUCACAACUCCCAAUCCAGUCUUCACCCAUCUCGCCGGAAGCAUUGGGACUUGGAAGGCUCUCUCGCCGGAGGUUAUUCAGGCCUCCUUCAAUGUCGAUCCUGACUUACAGAAGCGCUUCUCCUCCAAGAGGACUGCUGACGCCAUCUUCUUCCCUCCUUCCAACUAA